AAUAUCACGCCAUGUGUACAGGUUAACAGAUUAUAUAGAUAGUGUCGUUUAAGUUGUCCAGAAACUUUAGACGCAUGUAAUUAUUCAAUUCAACAAUGAAAAAACAAACAAAUGUUUGAAGAAAGUACUUAAGAUAAGUAAGUUUUGAACAGUAUUUUAUAAAAGAAAGCAGUUAUGGAUAUAAACAGUUCAAAAGACGUAACGACGGAAAUCGAGUGUAUGUGUGAAUUAUUAGACAAAAACAUGUGUGACACAGCUGUGAUUGUCAUAAAUAGAGAUACUGGAGAAGUUUCAACAUUUGGUUCUUCUAUAGGUUCAUUAUUUUUCGCACAGAACCCUUCUGUAGCGACCAUGUUCCGCGACUUUUGUGUAGUGUAUAUGAAAGGCAAUGGCUAUGACAAUAAGGGAAACAAGUCGGAAAAUAAUGUUGUAAAUAGUGAAGAACACUCUUUAACCGAAAAUUGUGAUAAUGCAAUGUGUGAGAAAAUAAGCAUCUGUAAAGAUUCUUUAAGUGAAUCUACUGAAUGUGACAGUGAUUGUCUUUCUAAAAAUGAAGAAGAAAAAAUAACCCACGUUAAAGGUGAAACAGGAAGUAAAACUUACUAUGCAAAGCUUGAGAAAUUAGCAGACGGAAGUGCUCUAGAUAAAACAUUCGGAAAAAAUGUUUCAAUCUUGUCCCCAGAUCGCAAUAUAAAAGCUAUAGAUGAUAUUGACAAGACAAAAUAUAAAAAUUUGACUGAAAAUAAAGUUGGACAUCAAACAAGAUUUACAUGUAGAAUAUGUAGAAAAUCAUUUAAAAGUAAAGCAGGGCUGUCAUCCCACGAGAAAUAUAUACACGAACAGAUUCAGUAUAAAGGGCUUGAAAAACUAGAAAGUCAUGAAAAGAAUAUUAAACAACUCUUGUAUACUAAUAACGAAGGAAAUGAAACAUCGGGACCAAGACGCGAUAUGUAUGAAAAAACUUCAGAUAACACAAGUACCAGAUACCUUUGUAAUAUUUGUUCGUAUUCAACUGAGAGAUAUAAUGGUAUAAUUGAACAUACACAAACCCAUGUAAUUAUGAAUCAGUUAACUUGUUCUCUGUGUGACAAAUCAUUUAAAGUCAAGAAAUCACUAUGGAGACAUACAAAGCAGCAUAAAAAGUUACCACACAUGUGUAAAACAUGCUUGAAAAUGUUCGAGAAGAAAGAAGACUUGGAAAUACACCAAGUGUCUCACAGUUCCUCUCAUGUUUGUGACAUUUGUGACAGAGUAUAUGAUUGCAUUGGUCGACUUAAUUAUCACAAGAAAAUUUCUCAUGGGCCAAAACUGGUAAACUGUGAGAUUUGCAGCUCGUCGUUCACUCGUCAGUCAUUACUCAGACAGCAUAUGAAAAGACAUGGUCCUAAGCAAUUUUUCUGUGACAAAUGUAGCUGCAGUUACUUUUUCAUGCAUCAACUUACAAAUCACUUAAAAACUCAUGAUGAAAGUAGUGUCAGAUAUAAAUGCAAUGUUUGUCCAAGGGAAUAUGUCAAUAUUUCACAUUGGAAAGAGCAUAUGAAGCUUCAUGAUGGCUCGAACUUUGUACAGUGUGACAAAUGUGGCAAGUCUUAUAGCAGCAGAAAAGGUCUUAAUCUGCACAAAAAAUCAAAACAUUUAGAUGAAAGGAAUUUUGUUUGCCAAAUUUGUGAAAAAGCAUUUUUGACCAAACAUCAUCUUAAAAAUCACCUGAUUACUCAUAAUGAGAAGAGAGAUUACAAGUGCAGGUUUUGUGACGCAGCAUUCAAAAGGAAUGAAGUAUUGAAGAUGCAUGAAAAUGUCCAUACUAAAGAACGAAAGUUUAUAUGUGAUAUGUGUGGGGAAUAUUUUUUACGACGUUCGUCAUUAAGGAAUCACCGCCUUACUCAUUUCCGGGAAUAUCAGAGAUGGAAAUGUCGAUAUUGUGAAAUCAGAUUCAGAACUCAGUCAUCAAUGAUGACACACAUAAAGAACAUGCAUGCUGAAGUAGAUCUUGCACACGAAAGGCCAUUAUGCAGGAAAUGUAAACAGUGCGGCAAGAUUUUUGCAAAAGGAUUAACAUUUAGAAUUCACAUGGACAUGCAUGCAGGUAUAAAAAGACACAAGUGUCGAUUUUGUGAAAAUGCAUUUACUGAUCCAGCAAAUUUACGGAUGCAUAUUAAAAUUCAUGGUGGCUCAUUGAAAAAUAAAAGACAUGUUUGUAGCAAAUGUGGUCUUAAUUUUAGGUCUGCUAAACUGUUACAAGAUCAUAAUAUGACAACACAUGACAAGUCAAAUUUGUAUGAAGAUCAAAAGAACUUACGAUUUGAGCAAAACGAAGGUCUAGACUUAUCUUCAAUGCAGUAUAAACCAGUAGAAGGGGAGAUAAUUACAUCUGAUACCUCAGAUAAUGUACUUGCUGGUGAGAAUUGUAAAAGAAAAUUUGUUACAGCCACGCAACAGGCAUUUGGAGAUUUCAACUCGGGUCUCAUGCCAUUACAUGCUAGUCAUGGAUUGGUAAACAUUGGUCAGCAGCUCACUACAGGCAAUUAUUUUGGUAAUUCAAGAACGUUGACAUCAAUUGGAAGUGCCAAUAUUGUGAAUUCAGAUAUUGGGUUUUCAAUUUCUAAAAAUGAAAUCGUUCAAAUGAAUUCUGAAGUUGAUCACAGGCAACUAAGGUCUGAUAGUAUGACUAAUAAUUUAACUACACUCACUGGGUCUUCAGGAAAAGGAGAUGACACCGAUCCUCACUUAGAAGCCCAACCUUGUUAUAAUUCUCAUCUCUAAAACAAUAUGCCUUUGUAAUUUUUCAUUAUUGCAGAAUUCAAAUAUUUUUACACUAAACUUAAAACGGUUACAUGUUUUGUUUUCUUUGCAUAUUGUUAACGAUUAAAUUAUUUCUUUUC